AUGCCAUCAUCAUCGUUGUAUCUUUCAAGCCUCCUAUCAAUAAUUGGGGUAGCACAAGCUGAAAAGUUUCCACAGUCACUAACAGACUUGCACGCUCAACUGAAGAGCGAUGAUGGAGUUACCUUUGAUCCGCUUGGUGUCGCGGCCGUUCUCUACAACCCUCGUGUCGACAAAAGUGCAGCAAGACUUUACACUCAGUUUGAUCGAGGUUUAUUUAUAUGGCCACAUCUGACAAUGAUUGGAGGGACUCUGCCACCCAUGCAAAUGCUCGUUGAACGUCUUAAUGCCACGAUGAAAUGGAUCCAUCCAUCUAUCAAAUUAUGCGCUCAAGAUACAACUAUGCUUCCCGUACGAUCGGACGUAUCGGGGAAUGUAUUUCGCCAACUGCCACUCAACUUGAGCAAUGCAUGGCUGACCGAUAUAAUAUCCUUUCAAACAUCCAAGCAGCCAGGAAAUGAUUUUGUUGUCGUUUGUGUCGAUGCCAUGUACCUGUCAACCGAAGAACGCCAGAAAAAUGUGCGUCAGCAAUCAGGAAACUUAAAAUGGCUUCUUGGAAAGUGGACAUUGGACUCGAUUUGUCUGGUCAAUGGAGCCAUGCUGAUGACCGGUAUGGUAUGCGGGAUUUUGACAGCCGACAUUUGGGCCUUCACCUUGUUUUUGCUAUACAGCAGUCAUUGGUUCGCCUCGGUGCUCAUUUCCUUCACUUCAAUGGUCAAGAUUCACAAACCAGAUCAUAUCAAAAACGACUUGCGGGAUAGAUAUGCGGUGUAUGAACGCGACGAGGGGGGAACUGUUAUAUUCAAAGGACCACAAAAGGAGCUCGAGGAAUGGGCCCGUUCCACUUGGGAAUAUGACCGGACUUGGGUAAAGGAUUGUUUGCACUGGUUUUGGACCUUGUCAGGAACAUUCUCUGGCAUAUCUUCGGUUGCAUGUAUGGUAAACAUGAAGGGCGCUCUGCAAUUGGCAUUCCUGGGGGUUCUGGUAUAUUCGUCCCUGGCUGAGAUUGGUGCCACCAGGAUUGCGCGUCAUCUGCAAACCAAGGCCCAUGGUCAUAUUUCUGUGGACCGAGUCUUGAACAACCAAACUCGAAGCCUAGCAAUUAUCCGUGCCACCCUGCAAAUUACCCCGGAAUGCCGUCUUAGGGGUUUGAAUUGGGUCAAGAUGGGGCUUCUUCCUCCGAUGCAGGUUUUUGAAAAGAUGCAGGAACUGUUGAGAGAUAUUUCGGACAUCGAACCAAGCAUAGACCAUUCUCGAGGCGUGGUGAAAGAAAAAUGUGAUAAUUUUCUUGAUGACGUGGAUCCCUCGGAGCAGAUGUUGGCUAAAAGAAUAGUCAAGGAAGUGACGGAGACACUGGGGUUUUAA